AUGCGAUUUAUUGCAGCUCUUCUCCUCGCCGUCAUUUUCCUGCUCCAUGGCUCCUGCAGCUCAUUUAUAGCAGCAGCUGCUCAGCAUUUCCCGUUCGUCCACGACGCGACGGUGGCCCCGCCGGUGGUGUACUUCGACUACAUCAUCAUCGGCGGGGGAACCGCGGGCUGUCCUCUGGCCGCGACCCUGUCCCAAAACGCUACCGUUUUGGUCCUGGAGCGGGGUGGGUCCCCCUACCGCGACUUCAACAUAACCAACGUGGGCAACUUCGGGAGCACGAUCUCGGACACGUCACCGCACUCUGCCUCCCAGAUCUUCAUCUCGGAGGACGGCGUGUACAACACGCGCGCCCGGGUGCUCGGCGGCGGGAGCGCGAUCAACGCCGGGUUCUACUCCCACGCGGAGCCGGAGUUCGUGCGCGACGCCGGGUGGGACGAGGACCUGGUCCGCCGGUCGUACGACUGGGUCGAGUCGAAGGUCGCGUUCGAGCCGCAGGUCAAGCAGUGGCAGUCCGCCGUCCGCGACGCGCUCGUCGAGAUCGGCGUCCUGCCGUACAACGGGUUCACGUACAACCACGUCGACGGGACCAAGAUCGGCGGGACCAUCUUCGACGACCAGGGCCACCGCCACACCGCCGCCGAUCUCCUCGAGUACGCCAACCCCUUGACGGUCAAGGUCUACCUCCACGCCACCGUGUCCAGAAUUCUCUUCACUAAUAAAGGGAGGCAAUGGCCGAAGCCAAGAGCAUACGGUGUCGUAUUCGAAGACGCGUUGGGAAUCAGGAAGAGGGCUUUCUUGAGACCAAACCCACAGAACGAGGUAAUCUUGACCGCCGGCGCGCUCGGGAGCCCGCAGCUGAUGAUGCUGAGCGGGAUUGGGCCUGCUCUGCAUCUGAAGAGCCAUGGAAUCCAUGUGGUUUUGGACCAGCCCAAUGUGGGACAAGGAAUGGCGGACAAUCCGAUGAACCUCCUCUACGUUCCUUCCCCUGUUCCAGUCGAGAUCUCGCUCAUUCAAGUCGUCGGCAUCCCUUCCAAUCAGAACACCUACAUCGAAACCGCUAGCGGGCUGAGCUUCGCUUACUCUUGGGCUCAAGGGUUCGCUCGUGACUAUGUCACAUUCUUCAAUCAGUCGGGGAAGCCAUCGUCGUUGACGGCGGAGACGAUGGCGAGGGCGAUCGACACGGUGCACGCCUACGCCGCCAACACGAGCUUGAAAGGGGGAGUGAUACUAGAGAAAGUCAGGGGACCGUUAUCUUCAGGGGAUCUCAAGCUGCGGAGCAGGAGUCCAAGGGACAACCCUGCUGUCACGUUCAACUACUUCAAAGAUCCACAGGACCUCCGCGGCUGCGUGGAAGGGAUGAGGAGCAUCAUCAACCUGAUCAACGCGCCGUCGUUCGCUAGGCUCCGGUACGCGCACCUGCCGGUGCAGGCAUUGGUGGACUUGAUGCUGAAUCUGCCAGUGAACUUGAGGCCGAGGCACGUCUCGUCGUCGAUCUCGCUGGAGCAGUUCUGCAUCGACACGGUGAUGACGAUUUGGCAUUACCAUGGAGGGUGUCAGGUUGGGAAGGUGGUGGAUCAGGAUUACAGAGUUGUUGGUGUUGAUGGUUUGAGGGUUAUUGAUGGGUCGACGUUUCUUAAGUCGCCGGGGACGAAUCCUCAAGCUACUGUUAUGAUGCUUGGAAGAUAUAUGGGAACGAGGAUUUUGCAAGGGAGACCGCCGGUCAAUUGGAGGAGAUUGCAAGGGAGAUUUCCGGCGAGUUGGAGGAGACGACCGUGGCUUAGCCACAUUCCUAGAAAAAAUAUGCAGGGGGGAGAGAAGAUUAAGCCUUAAAAGACCGGUGUUCUUUAGUGGAAUUUUUAAGGGUUGGAUUUGGAGGAAGAUGUCAAUCGAUAGGCAUAUGAUAAAAUGAUGAGGGAAGAAAUGUUAUGUUUUUUUUU